AUGGGAGAGUCCCAGUUUGAGCAAUUGAAAGCCAGUUUCAAAGGGAAAAUUUUGCCUGCUAUACACCCAGACAGCGUCCGCGUUAGGUUGAUUUCCAAGGAUAUCAUUGAGGCUUUGCAGAGAGGGUUGAGGCAUGAGGUGGGAUGGACUGACUUGGAGUAUGCCUCCGAUAGAUUCGAGCCGGCACAUGAAGGUAGUGGGCCUGACACUUUGAUGGCACUGACGGACGUUGGAGAAGAGGUGAAGAAGUGGUCCCGUGAAGAUGAGAUUCUUGAUGAUGAAUGGAUUCAGAAGAGUAGGAAGACGGGUCAGGAACGAGGUACUAAAACUGCUACUUCGCAUUUGGAUCAUCUGAAUUGGGAGGUUUUGGUGGUGGAUGAACCUGUUGUCAAUGCAUUUUGCUUGCCUGGGGGGAAGAUUGUCGUCUUCACGGGGUUGCUGAAACAUUUUAGAAGUGAUGCUGAGAUAGCUACGAUCAUUGGUCAUGAGGUUGGGCAUGCGGUUGCUCGACAUUCUGCAGAGGGCAUUACAAAGAACCUGUGGUUUGCAAUCCUGCAACUGAUACUUUAUCAGUUUGUUAUGCCUGAUGUUGUCAACACAAUGUCCAAUCUUUUCUUAAGGCUUCCUUUUUCUCGAAGGAUGGAAAUUGAAGCGGAUCACAUUGGGCUGCUGUUGGUUGCUUCUGCGGGAUAUGAUCCUAGAGUGGCUCCAACAGUGUACGAGAAGUUGGGCAAAAUUUCCGGUGAAUCUGCACUGAGAGAUUAUCUUUCAACCCAUCCAUCCGGGAAAAAGAGAGCUCAGUUGCUUGCUCAAGCUAAGAUAAUGGAAGAAGCACUUGCCAUAUACCGGGAUGUAAGAGCUGGACGUGGGGUUGAAGGUUUUCUUUAG